GCAUUAAAUACAGCGGAAACGCAGCAUCCGCGACCGUUGAAUCGCCGACCCAAUCUUCUCUCAUCGAAAGUGAGCGGAUAUAACAAAGUUGUGAGGGAAAGAUGAAGAAUCAAAUGAGGUGAAUUGAAAAGAGUUUCGAGGGACGUACCCCAUAUUCCUGUGUAUCAAGUCAAUUUCCGCUUCUCGAUGCGGACAUCAAGCUCGACGUUACGAUAGCUUAUAAUUUUUUAACGGAUCAAUCGCCUUAACCAAGUCCAAAUACCUUAGUCGCGAAUCUCCAAGGGAGGAGUUUCUCCAAUACGGUAGAAGGUUUGUCGAAGAUAAAAGUCACGAUGGCGCCGCAGGAAAUUGCUCCCCUCAGAUAAUCCAAAAUGUAACGGAAAUCGAGGGAUUAGGACCAGUGUAUUCUGGCCGAGGCAUUUUGCUGCUCCGAUGAGAUAAUCGAAUCGUGAACACAUGAUUGACACUUAUGAAAAAUCCUUCUUUCACUCCUGACCAAUCGAUCGCGAACGACAAAUCAUUCGAUCAAUCGUUCGUACUAUUGACCGAGCUGCGUCGCGGCAGCCUGAGAGACUUGGCGUCAUGACAUCACACGAAGGAGGGUGCGUCUACGACGAGGGACACCUGACCCGGAGAAGACCGCACAGACGAGGAUAAGAACGAAUUUUUCCUCUGCCGUGAGAGCGACAAUGUCAACGCUACCGUCCACCACCUUCGCCGGGGAAUUGACGACCACGCUCAUACCCACCGCCGCCAGGAUUGACACGCAGCUGGACCUCAAUCGCGUCUCGUUGGUCCUGGCGGUCUCCAUAGUGUGCAUUCUUUCGCCCAUCACCGUUACCGGUAACUCCAUCAUCCUCGCCGCCUUCUACAGGUACAAAAGACUCAGGACCGCUUCCAACUACCUUCUGGUCUCAUUGGCCAUUAGCGAUUUCGGGAUUGGCGUGUUUAUGCCAGUCGGGAUGCAGCUGGAGCUCACCGGACUACCGGAAAACGGCGAUUCCACCCUCUGCGUCGUCCCGUACUGCAUUGUGAUCGCGCUCUGCAGCGUAAGCGUUUUGGUCACCGUCGCCAUCGCGGUGGACCGUUUGACUUCGCUGGCGCAGCCACUGCGAUACAAGAACAUCAUCACCCACAGCAGCGUAGAAAAGUACAUCGCGGUCUUUUGGAUAUACGCGAUCGCCGUCGGCCUCUCGCCCCUCAUCUAUGCUCAAAUCACCGGAGGGGUGCAGUCGCACAGCGGAAUAUGCAGAUUCGACACGGCCGUGCUACCGCCGGUCAGGGUGUUCCUGGUCGUGGCAGUUUGGGCACCGAGCGCCCUGGUUCUACUCGGCUGCUACAUGUACGUCUAUCUUGUCGCGCGCGCGCAUGCACGCGCGAUUUACACGGUGGAAUUGUCGUUUAGACAUCAAACGCAGACACUGGCGCUGCCCCGUUACGGACAGACACUGGCAGUCACUGUCGGCGCGUUUCUCGUCCUGUGGCUCCCAUUCCAAACUUGCAUGCUGGUGGACAUCUUCUGCGGCACGAAUAUCCUGUCGGAAUGGGCGGUGGUGUGGCUGGGUCUGCCGAUCCUGGCGCACAGCGGCGCGAAUCCCUGGAUCUACGCCUUUCAUCACGGCGAGAUGCGCAUCGCCGCCGGGAAAAUUGCCGAGGAUCUGAUCAGUCUGCUCGGUAUGACGCCGGGCCGUUACGGCUGCUCGCCGAUAAGAUGCGGCACCAACACGAACCUCGAGCUGGCCGAGGUGAACAAUGAAGAGAGCAACGAGAGCAGGCGGCACCCCGUAGAGGAUUGUUUCGCCGGCGCCAAGCACCACAGCGUUCUCUACAGCCGAAGAUGCCUGGAAACAUCGGGCAGGCACACCGAUAUCUCGUCCGAGAAGCACGACAUCGAGCACGCCGCGUCCUGCAGCAGCCGAGCCGGCGACAUCAUCGAGGAGAACAUUGACGACCUGACGAAGAUGCUCGAUCCGCGAUACAUCAUCGACCGGAAUCACGUGAUCGACUCGAAUCACAACAUCGACAAGAUCAAGAAUCUCAAGUACCUGCUGGACCCGACCUUCAACAAGAUCAGGCAUCUCCGACGGUUGAAUCACAAGCGAAUGAACGGGAAGAGCUUGCCGUUGAUUUCCGAGCCGAGAUUUAUAUCUUAUCAGAACCUGAAGAGCGACGGCGCGCACAGCAGCCGCAAGUUCCUUCAGCUGAACGCGCUGUCGGAUCCGAUACUGAACGUUGACACCUCGAAGGACUCGAACCAGGUAAUGUGCCACGUAAACGCAGCUUAUCAGAAGCGGAAUCCGAACAUGUCGCUGACCAUGUCGGACUCGAAUCUCAGAGCGACGACGGUGCGCGCGUCCGAGGCGGGCGCGAGAUUCUUCCCGACGGGUGAGAACGGCGCGGAGGGUCGCGGCUACUCCGUGCAAAAUCUCAACCGCGGAUACGAGGGCGCGUUAGCGAGGCACGCGAUGAUGCUCUGCCAGCAGAUGGAGGAGCAGCAGAGAUCUAGCAAGGCUUCUUCCCGUCUUCCGCGACACAAGUUCCGCGGUCACUUCGGACGCGCGAGCCCGAACGUGAAGCACAAAUUGCGUAACGGCUGCUCGUCGUCGUCGGUGCCCGGCAGCGUCAGGCCGGGUGCCGAGGCGAUUGUGACGAGGCGAAGCGUGUCGCCGGGCGUCCCGCACGUGACCAUCACGCCAAACAAACUGGCGAAUCUCAUUAAUCUGGACCCGCCGUCGAGAACACCCGCGCACAGGAUGAAUUUUACUGCCAGAACCAUGCAAACCCAUAGGAACUCGGAGGCGUUGAAGCACUCCGAGUCGAGUAACGUGAUCGGCGAUCCGGUGACGCACCGCGCGACUCUACUGGAGCCCUCGAACUUGAUGGACUCGCUGGUCGUCCCGACGAUACACUCGGAACCGCUGAGUCCCAUAGACCCUCUCCCCACGUCGUCCCUUCAGGCCGAACAGGCGCGGGACCUCGGGAUCCCGAGGCCCGCCGUCGCGCAACGCGCUAAAUCGCCGCUGGGCAAAAAGAGCAGUCCCGUAAGACGCUCCGAUCCUAUAGUGCCGACCGUACUGCUGAACAUCGAGGACUUCAGCGAAUCGUCCGAACAGAGUGACAAUCAGACACGGGGUCAAGGGAACGACCUCCCGUCCGGUAACGCACUGACGUUAGAACCGAUAGAUCUCUUCGAAGCGCUGCUGAGGAACUCGGACAAAGGUAGGGACACGAGAUUACCGGAGCCCAUCUUCGCCGAGCAUGACUCGACUAGAUUCAGCUCGAGACGGCCGUCCGACUCGAAGUGGUCCGAGUCCUCCAGGAGCCAGGAGAUCUUAUCGAGCGCGACCGAACACCAAACCGCGUUCCCGUCGUCCUACUCGGUCAACGACUUCCAGACUUGCAACAGCGGCAGCGAUCUCAACGAUCUCACGUCGCUGGAUCCGUUCAUGUGCCCCGACGCCCUGUCGUCGUCUCUGCGCGAGUCCUUCUUCAGCGCGCCGUCCAUGCCCGACUCGGACAUAUUCACGUCCUUCGAGGAGAGCGACGAGCCGGUCUUCACCCCCGACUCCGAACGGAACGCGUCCGCGUACAACUCGCUGUCGACGGUGAACCCGAAGAGGUGCGUCGUCGAGACGGCUUUUCAAAGCAAAUCCACGGAGUCGGUGCACCGCGCCAGGCAGCCCUCGACGCGAUCCUGCGCGAUCCUCAAACUGGAACCAGCCGUGCACUCGAAUAGAUUGCGCGUCAGGCCCUGCGCGGAUUACAUCCUGAAGAACCCGCCGGUCAAGAGGAACCCGCGACUGGCGCCUCUCGCCAUCCCCACACCCACGGAAAUCUGCACCCCCACGUUCGACGUCGUGUCGGAGAUCAAGAGCGACAACGGUGUCGGCGUUAGAGUUUAGAGUUUGAAUCGUCCGCAGGAUAA